UGCACCCUUUCCCCUCACAUAGUAUAUACACUCAUGCAUAUACUAUUUGGCCCAACUCUUCUCCUCUUUUCCCAAGCUUUACCCACUAAAUUUUUUCCUCCCUUUUUUCAAAUACUUUAUCGAUCUAUUCGUUGUCCAGAUAGACUCAUUCUCGACUGGCUGGACAUUUUUUUGGGGAAAUUGGGAAGGAAAAAGGAAGAAGAUAUUGCAUCUCGAGAACUGGCCAAGUCAUCCAUCCUUCCUUUUCUUUCCCUUUCAUGUCCAUUAUGCCAGUUCCCAUCAUUUUGUCUUUUUUAUUGACGUCAGUCCAUCUUCUUUCUCAUUCUAUUUUUAUUUGGC